CGCCUACAAGCAGUACUCGUACCGGUACGCCGUACAAAAUCCAUUGAUCGCUUUCAUCCAUCAUCUACGGUACUGCAGUCCUUUUCUUGUAAGACCGGCGCAAACCUUUUGGCAUGGGGUCCUCUCCUCUAACGCAAACACAAGAAAGAAAACAAAACCGGAAAUUCACUUCAGCAAAAUCAAAAUGAAGAUCGGUUCCAGCUUGAAAUUUGUGAGUGAACAAGCAUUACCAUCUGUGGCUCGCGGUAUCGACGAUCGAAAAUGAGUUGUGGUUUUGUGGCACCAAAUGUUUUCUGUCACUUGCUGUUGCUGUUCGUUGAAUUGCUUCGUCGUGUCAAUGCAUGUCAUUGUGGUAUCGUGGCAACCAUCGAAGUGUUCUAACUUUUCCAUCUCGGUUUCCGUGUAUUUUUCUGCUCUGGCGCGGUUUCAUGUGAUGCGUGGUUCUUCUACAGUGCACCGGAGCCGUGGUAGCAUUGCUACUCGGCGGGGCGUCGGCUGCUCCCCCUACUCCCGUCUCGAACGUCCACGUCACCCUCAAGGGAAAGAAGUACCAGAUCGACGACGUGACAACCCUUGCGGAACUCCAGGAACGACUCGAAGAGCACAGCGGGAUCCCUCCGUCGAAGCAGGGGAAGAUUCUUCACAACGGAAAGCGACUUAGCGAGAGCGACGAUGGUCUCUCCGAGGCCGGGGUCCAAGAGGGCGACCAGCUGAACUGCGUCCCGGCCAAAAAGUCGAGCAGCAAGAAGAAGUCGGCGUCCACGACGUCGGCCCCCGAUUCAUCGGCGUCGCCUUCCGAGGGUGGCAGUGCGGACAGCCUGGCCGAUAUGAUGAAGGGACUCGAGGGAUCCAUGGGCGGAGGCGCCGGUGGCCUGGACGACAUGAUGUCCAAGCUGAUGUCCGGCGGCAUGGGAGGAGGAGCCGGUGGCAUGCCGGACAUGGCCGAAUCCAUGAAGAUGAUGAAGGAGCUCACCGACUCGCCGAUGUUCGCCGAGUACAUGAACGACCCGGCCAAGCUGGAGGAAUCCCGGCAGAUGAUUCUGAACAAUCCCAUGAUGAAGGCCAUGAUGGCCUCCAUGCCGGGCAUGUCGGAAAUUCUCGAGGACAAGGACGCCUGGGCACAGACCAUGAUGGCAGCGGCUGGGAUCAUGAAAUCGAUGGACCCCGAAGACAUGAUGAAGAUGAUGGAAGCCGGUGGAGCUCCCGGGGGUGGAAUGCCCCCCGGCAUGGGCAUGCCCGGUGGAAUGGGAGGCGGUCUCUUCGACGGUGGUGCUUCGUCGGCGCUCGACGAGUUGUCGGAAGAUGACGAAUAAACUGCACUUCUAGAAGAAAAACACCAACCAUCGGUUCACAGACCGCAUCGCAAUUAUCCGUCGUCGACGCCUUGCAGCGAUUCGUGCACAGCCGAGAAUACGGGCGCAAAUGCUAAGUAACAACCAUAUUCUGACGACUCAGUCAUUUCAUGGAUUAAGUUGAAACCGUCCACAAAUGGGCGGAGUCACACGAUAAUAGAGAAGCUCCGACGUGGCUGCACUCGGUGAUUCGUGCUGCGUUGUGGGAGAGAUGGAAAUGGUCAAUAGAUGGUUCCCAACCAAAAUGCAUGAGCAGCAACGGGUGGUUUUCGUGUUUUUUGACCGCUUCUGCGUUGUGCUCGGUUUUGUACUGUACAGGCGACGAAAAUUAGCAACUUCAGGUGUGCAGUACACUCGAACAAUGAUAUAAUAUAUAAUACCAUGUGAC